AUGAAAAGCAGCCUCAUAUUAAAUUCUACUUCAUCUGUAAAUCUGGCGCAGUGGGAUCAAAACACAGAUUGUUGUAAUUGGAGUGGUGUGGACUGUGAUGAGGCUGGACAUGUUAUUAGUCUCAACUUGAGCAAUGAAUCAAUCUUCGGUGGAAUUGAGAAUGCGACUGGUCUAUUCGCUCUUCAGAAUCUGAAUAGCCUAAAUUUGGCUUAUAAUAGAUUCAAUGCAACUCAAAUUCCGUCCAGGUUGGCCAAUCUCACAAACUUGACUUGUCUGAAUCUUUCUAAUGCUGGCUUCGCAGGACAGAUUACCAGUUCGAUUUCAGGCAUGACAAAGUUGGUUUCACUUGAUUUGUCAAGUCUUACCUUCGUGGGAGAUUCUCUCUUGAAACUCGAGAACCCAAACUUAAGAAUGCUGGUUCAAAAUCUCACAGAGCUCAGAGAACUGUAUCUUGAUGGUGUAAAUAUAUCAGCCCAUGGAAAUGAAUGGUGCCAAGCUUUAUCCUCUUCAUUGCCCAAUCUGCAAGUUUUGAGCAUGUCCAGCUGUUUUCUUUCAGGCCCUAUAGGUUUAUCCCUUGGGAACCUUCAGUCACUCUCAGUAAUUCGUUUGAAUCAGAACAAUCUAUCGUCCCCAGUUCCAGGCAUUUUGGCAAAUUCCUCCAAUCUAACCUCCUUGCAUCUUAGUAAUUGUGAGCUGCAAGGAACAUUUCCAGAAAAGAUAUUCCAGGUACCAACACUAGAGACUCUUGAGUUAUCGGAAAACAAAUUACUUCAGGGAUCUUUGCCAGACUUUCCUCGAAAGCUAAGAGAAAGAAGGUUAUUCGUGCAUGAGAGAGAGAAAAACAGAAGAGAAAGAACUGAUACAAAAACAGUCUGCGUUUUUCAUUCAAAACAGAGAAAUAUAUGGACAUCUGAUGAUUCCAUCGGAGAGCUUAAAAGUUUGUCAAGAAUAGAGCUCACAAGCUGCAAUUUCACCGGACCAAUUCCCACUUCAUUAUCUAAUCUCACCCAACUAGUUUAUUUGGACUUGUCAUUGAACAACUUCACUGGUCCAGUCCCACCUCUUCAUAUGUCCUAAAAUCUCUCCUAUCUAGAUCUCUCUCAAAAUCAUUUGACUGGUGCUAUCUCAUUCACUCACUGAGAACAGCUUUUGUAUCUUGUUUAUGUUGACUUAAGCAGCAAUUCACUUGAAGGAAAAAUCCCCUCAUCUCUGUUUUCAAGGCCAUUGCUGAAGCAGCUUCAACUUGCUAACAACCAAUUCGAGGGCCAACUUCCUCAAUUAUUAAAUCCAUCCACCUCUGUGUUGGAAACCCUUGAUCUAACUGGCAACAGAUUAGAAGGGCAUAUUCCUAUGUCUAUCUUUGAACUCAAACACCUAAGUAUCCUCUUACUUUCUUCCAACAAGUUCAAUGGCACUGUACAGCUAGAUAAGGUUCAAAGGCUUAGCAAUCUUACAAGGCUUGACUUUUCAUACAACAGCUUAGUAGUGAAUGCUACUAGUGGUAGUUCUUUGCCCCCCAAGAUUAGCACAUUGAAGUUGGCUUCUUGCAACCUGAGCAUGAUACCUGACCUCAAGAACCAAACAAACCUAUAUCAAUUAGAUCUUUCAGACAACCAAAUUUCGGGAGAAAUACCUAACUGGAUAUGGGGAGUUGGUAAUGGCAAUCUCAUCCAUCCAAACCUUUCACAUAAUCUUCUGGUGGGUCUGCAAGAACCAUAUAAUCUUUCUAAUCUACGUGUCCUUGCCCUUGACCUACACUUCAACAAGCUCAAAGGAGAGACCCCAAAGCCACCACGGUCUGCAAUCUAUGUGGAUUACUCAUGUAAUCUUUUUACUUCCAUCCCAGCUGACAUUGGUACUUUUCUCCCAGUCACCAUAUUCUUUUCCCUUUCAAACAAUAGCCUCAUAGGAGUUAUCCCUGAAACAAUAUGCAAUUCCACAUAUCUUCAAGUUCUUGACUUGUCAGAGAACAACUUGAAUGGCACGAUACCAACUUGUAAUCUCGGUGUUCUAAGUUUAAGGAGAAACAAUCUCAUAGGAACUAUUCCUGAUGCAUUUCCAGGAAAUUGUGGAUUGCAAACGCUAAGUCUCAACGAAAAUCAACUAGAAGGAAGGGUUCCUAAAUCUCUGGCUAAUUGCACAAUGCUGGAGGUGUUAGACCUUGGAAACAACCAGAUCACUGACAAUUUUCCAUGCUGGCUGAACGAAAUAUCUAGCUUUCAUGUCCUAGUCUUGCGAUCCAACAAAUUUUAUGGAAAGAUCGGUUGUUCAGAGAUACAAGGCAACUGGCCAAUGCUUCAGAUUGUCGACUUAGCUUCCAACAACUUUAGUGGAAAAUUUCCAGCUAUAUGCUUAACCUGGAAGGCAAUGAUGGCUGAUGAAGAUGAAGCCCAAUCAAAUCUCAAGCAUCUUGGAUUUGAGUUCAUGGGAUUCAGCAAAUUAUACUACGAGGAUUCAGUAACAAUUUCCAGCAAAGGUCAAGAGAUGGAGCUAGUGAAGAUCAUAACUUUCUUCAAUUCCGUUGACUUGUCAAGCAACAAAUUUGAAGGGCCAAUACCAGAAGUGAUAGGACAACUCAAAUCACUCUACGUUCUUAACUUGUCAAAUAAUGUGCUCACAGGACCUAUACCAUCAUCUAUUGGAAAGUUGCGACAACUGGAGUCCUUGGACCUCUCAAUAAAUUACCUGAGUGGGGAAAUCCCUUUACAACUUGCAAGCCUAAAUUUCCUCUCAUUCCUGAAUCUCUCAAAUAAUCACUUUGUGGGAAAGAUACCAUCAGGUACUCAGCUCCAAUCAUUUUCAUCAACAUCUUUCGAGGGUAAUGAAGGAUUAUGUGGCCCUCCUUUGACAAAUAAUUACACAACAAAUUCCAGCAUGUUACCACCUCCACCACCACCUUCACCAAAUAGUAAAAUUGAUUGGCUGUUUAUAACGAAGGAGAUUGGAUUCGCGGUGGGCUUUGGAGCUGUCUUUGCACCCCUGAUGUUUUCCAAGAAGGUAAACAAAUGGUAUGAUGAUUGCAUCAACAAGUAUAAGGUGAAAUUUAUCAGGUAA